AUGGAGGCCCCCGGGAUUGGGAUGAUGAUGGUUGCUACUGCGUGGGAAGGACAAACACUCAGUGAAGGUCACUCAUCAAAUAAUGGACAUUAUGGUUGUGUUCCUCUUGAGCUACCCAUCACUGAUCGAACUCAGCCCACCACAACUCCUGCUGGGCCCAACACUCUUCCUGAAGAUUACGGUGGUCUUGAAAUUCUGAAGUGUUUUCAGCAACUCCCGUGUUGUGUUCAGAAAAAGGAAUGGGACGAGAUAAGCUGGAAGCACCUGCAGUUGCAGUUGAAGCGGGAGGAUUAG